UGUUGUCAGUGCUGUUCAAAUGGUGAAGCUGCACACAAACACAGGCAUGGGAUUGAACAAGAGAGAAGAGGAAGCUUGAGGCUGUGAUGGUUUCAUUUCUUUGAAGUUUAAGCUCAGGUUUGCCCAUGUGGCAUUUCCUCAGUUCAGACAAAAAAAAUGGAAUUGAUAAUGACAUCCUUAAUAAAAUCCAGAAGAAAAACACUUGUGUGCAUGAACAGAAAGUGUACAGUGGCUCCUUAAUAAGGAUGGUUGCUCAGCUGUUAACCACGGAAGAGUCUGUCUGUGAGGAUAUUCCUGUGCACAGAGGUGUCCCCUGCUCCCUUACCAUGCACAUACAUCACCCUGGGAAUCGCUGAAGCUGUUCUGUGCAGGAGGCAUUGCUGAGAUUCCCCUUGCAGCAAUGGACUUGGAUAAACAAUCCGUAUGGGGAUCCCUGAAGCAGAAGACCCGGCCAUUCCUGCGAAACCUGAGUGUGAGGAAGACGAAGAAGAGGUCUGGCAAAAUGCUGGAGAGGAAGGGCCACUCCUUGGACCGCUGUCUCAGUGUGUCGGUGCCUGACAUGCUGGAGGUGGAGACUCUCAUGGAAGAAGAAGAAGAAGAAGAAGAAUCGACUUACUUGAGUACUCAGGUGUUGUCGAGCUGCUCCUCCAAGAGCUUUUCCAGGUCUGUGGUGUCCCUGAAAAGCAGAAACACUUCGGUGAAGGCAGUGGGAGAGGACUGGCUGUGGGCGGCACAGCAGGGGACACAGACGGAGGUGACAGUCACCCCCCCGGACGCACAAGCUGUGGGCAUUCACCUGAUGUCCUCCCGAGGAGGUGAGGCUGUCGGCAGCCCCAUGUCCCAGGGGAAGAGGAAAUCCAGCGAGGACCUCUUUGACCUGCUGCAGAGCUCCCGCCUGAGUGCCGCGCUGAGAGAUGAGGGGACAGAGUACCCAGGUGGAGAAAUGGAUUUUGACUCUUCCCUGUCCUCUCAAAAUUUUGAUGAUCAAAUGGCUCUGGAGGAGGCAAACGACUGCCUGAGUGACCUGCCCAGCCCCUUUGCCUACUUACUGACCAUCCACCUGAAGGAAGGCCGGAACCUGGUUAUCAGGGAUCGCUGUGGUACAAGUGACCCAUAUGUGAAGUUUAAACUGAAUGGGAAAACCCUCUACAAAAGUAAGGUAGUCUACAAGAACCUCAACCCAGUUUGGGAUGAAACUGUUGUGCUGCCCAUACAGACCCUCGAUCAAAAACUCUGGAUCAAGGUGUACGAUCGUGAUUUAACCUCUUCAGACUUCAUGGGUUCGGCAUCUGUAGCUCUCACUGAACUUGAACUCAAUAGAACUACUGAACAGGUUUUAAAACUGGAAGAUCCCAACAGUUUAGAAGAUGACAUGGGAGUGAUUGUAUUAAACUUGAGUCUAGCAGUAAAGCAAGGAGACUUCAAGAGAAAUAGAUGGUCAAGUCGAAAGAAACGAACUUCAUCCAAGACGAGUUUCACGCGGAACGUGCGGCUCUCCGAGUCUCUGCGCAAGAACCAGCUGUGGAACGGGCUGGUCACCAUCACCCUCUUGGAGGGGAAGAACAUGCCCAGGGGGGGCUUGGCAGAGAUUUUUAUUCUCCUCAAACUGGGGGAUCAAAGAUACAAGAGCAAGACACUGUGUAAGAGUGCAAAUCCUCAGUGGAGGGAACAGUUUGAUUUUCACUACUUCUCUGACAGGAAGGAUAUGUUGGACAUUGAGGUGUGGAGAAAGGAUAACAAAAAGCACGAGGAGCUUUUGGGAACGUGCCACGUUGACAUUACUGCCCUGCCAACAAAGCAGACCAAUUGCUUGGAGCUGCCUCUGGAAAAACAUCCAGGGUCCCUGCUGAUGCUGAUUGCUGUUGCCCCAUGUACAGGAGUGUCUAUCUCUGAUCUGUGUGUCUGUCCUUUGGGAGACCCCAACGAACGACAACAGAUUUCUCAGCGUUAUUGUAUAAAGAAUUCCUUUCGGGACAUAAAGGACAUUGGCUUCUUACAAGUCAAAGUUUUAAAGGCAGUGGACCUGAUGGCAGCAGAUUUUUCUGGCAAAAGUGAUCCUUUCUGUGUCUUGGAGCUGGGAAAUGACAUGCUUCAAACGCACACCGUUUACAAGAACCUCAAUCCGGAGUGGAACAAAGUUUUCACAUUCCCUAUUAAAGAUAUUCACGAUGUUCUGGAAGUGACAGUGUUUGAUGAAGAUGGAGAUAAACCCCCUGAUUUCCUUGGAAAAGUUGCCAUCCCUUUGCUGUCUAUUAGAAACGGUAAACAAAGUUGUUACACACUGAAGAAUAAAGACUUGGAACGUGCUUCAAAAGGAGCAAUUUACUUGGAGCUGGAUGUCCUGUUUAAUCCAAUAAAAGCAAGUAUUAGAACAUUCAAGCCCCGAGAAAAGCGCUUUACUGAGGAGAACCGCAAAUUUUCCAAAAAGAUCUUAUCAAGAAAUGUUGAUCGCGUGAAAAAAAUCACCAUGGCAAUAUGGAAUACAAUACAAUUCCUUUGGAGCUGCUUUCUCUGGGAGUCCACAGUAAAGAGCCUGAUAGCAUUUGUGGUGUUUGUGGUCACCGUCUGGACCGUGGAGCUGUACAUGGUGCCCCUGGCUUUACUGGUGCUCUUUGCAUACAAUUUCUCCCUCGUCACAACAGGGAAGGUCAAUAAUGCCCAGGAUGCCCAGGAGCUUAUGGGCUUGGAUGAAGACGAGGAUGAAGAUGAUAAGGAAUCUGAGAAAAAGGGGCUAAUUGAGAGAAUCCAUAUGGUCCAAGAGAUCAUCAUAGCUGUUCAAAGCAUCCUGGAAGAAAUAGCAUCAUUUGGAGAGAGGAUUAAAAACACAUUCAACUGGACGGUGCCUUUCCUCUCUGUCCUGGCCUGCUUGGUCCUGGCAGCAGCAACAGUUAUAUUGUAUUUUAUACCACUGAGGUACAUUGUUUUAAUCUGGGGCAUAAAUAAAUUUACUAAGAGGCUUAGAAAUCCCUAUGCCAUCGACAAUAAUGAGCUACUAGAUUUCCUCUCCAGGGUACCAUCUGAUGUUCAAAAGGUGCAGCACGCUGAAUUGAAACCAUACAGCAGCUCCAGCCCCAUCAGGAAGAAGCGGAGCGCGCUAUAGGAUGCAGCGGGAUUUCGGAAUGCAGCAUCUCCCUCCCCGCACAUGCGUGCACACACAGCACCCCUCUCCUCCUCCUUGCUUCAGAACAACACUAGGAUCACUGCCACAGACUUUCUCUUUCUUGGAAGAUGUGGGUUUUGAUAAACACCUAUCUUGGGUUUCUUUUCUGGGUUGUCUCUUUGGCAUGGAGUCCCAAAAAAGAGCAAGGUGAAACAUGAAUUAGUUUGCGGGGUGGGGAGGAGAAUGGGAGAGGAUAGUGCAACUGCACCUUUUCUUUUUCUUUUUUUUUUCCUGUUGAUUGUAGAGACAAGGCUGGAUGUGGCAGCACUCCCUGUGUUAUGUAGGAAGAGAUAAUUCUGCUUAGUGUAGCAGAUCAGCUGAGCUGAUGUGAGGAGAUGCUCUGAACCAGUUUUUAACAUAUCCGACAGAUUUACAUUAAGAUAUGAAAGCUAUUCUUUUCUGAGUUAAAUCACUGUGCCUAGAAAGGUUUAAGCUCUGAAUUAACGAGUCUUUGAUACCCAUCUUCUGUUCAAGCAGUGUACAUUUAAAAAAGUUUUUUAUCAUAAUUAGCAGAAAGAGCUAGGAGCUCCAACAGUAUCUCAAUAUUUCAUCCAGCACUUGUGGGUUUUUCUUUUUCCUUUUUUCCCCUUUCUUUUCUUCUUCUUCUUUUUUUUUUUCUUUUAAAGCCCAGCCUGUGGUUAACUCAUUGUAUACUGGAAUCAUUGGAGAUCCAUUGCUGGCAAUGGAUGCAUGAAAACCUUAUGCCAUGAAAGGAUUAAGAGAAAAGGCUAACUCAGUGACCUGAAAAGACUCUGUUGGCUUGCCUUUUAUAAUUCCAUCUCAUCAGAUAUUUUCAGCAUAGCUGUUGUUUUCCUGUCUAAAUCCAGAGGGGUCAACACUACAGAGAGAAAAAAAACACUUUAUAGCCUUAAAGAAACAAGUGCUUGUGCAGAAAGAGAGCACGUGCCCAAUGAUGUGGUUGUGCAAUAGUGUGCAGGCUUUGGUCCACCACUGAUGUCUUCUUGCAGUCUUUCCUGGUGGUUCACAAGGAGAAGACCCGAAAGUGAAGUCAAGUGGAAACUGAGAAAUGAAAAGACAGAAGAAAGGACCCCAUUUUGUGUUCUGAGGAGAAUGUGAUUUCUUGCUUGCUUACCAAUCUUUUAGCAAUUGUGCAUUUCCUUUAUGUAUUUCAGAAAACCAGCGUCAUUCCCCAGUUGUUUGACUGGGGAAACUAAAACACAGAAUCAUGUGUAAAACCUGCUUAAUUUUGGUGAUACCGCAGCCCUCAGUCCUUUAGGUGCUGUGGGACAUUUUGGGAGUGACUUGUCACCACAAGUCAUUGGUAGCACGAGAGCUGGAGUUGUUGCUUUUGAUUCCCAGGCAGGGAUUACCACCAGCAUUCCCUGGGGGUAGUUGACAGUACAAAGAAAUAAAGAAACCUGAGAGAUAAGAUUCUUUUGGCCAAAAAAAAAAAAGGCUUUGAAAGUCAUCUAAUAGAAGGUAAAAUGGUUAAAACCUUGCUUAUGGGUUGGUGAUCCAGAUGGAGUUGUGUGUGGUUCCAUAGCACAAUCUUGUGGGCCUGUUGCAGGAAUUUGAAGAAGGAAAACUAACAGCAGCCUAUCUUCCACUGGGUUUUUAGCCAGAUUCAGUAAUUUUUCAUAAGUUUAUUUUUCGAAGUCCCACUGUGCCUUUGAAUAAGGACAGGCACAUUUUCAUAUACUUGAUUGGCUAAAGAAUGUAUUUUGCUCAUGCAAAGCUGUGUGUAGCUGCAAAUGGAAGGAUUGAGGAAAUAUUAUCCUGGUUUAAAAAGCCACAAAAAUGCCUCUUUGUUUGCACGUGUGCUUGUGUACCCAUACAUAUACAGAGUUGUGUAUAAAGAGUACAUGUAUAAUGUAUUUAUAGGCGAGUGUGUGUGGGAAAAUGGGUGAAUAUAUAGAUUUUAAAACCUUGAAAAUGUUUAUGAAAAAUGCCAAAGAUUCUAAAGCUUAUCAUCUUGCGUCUGUUCUUCUUCAUUUUGUAUCUUUCCCGGCAUGUCUCUCUGGCUGAGCCAGAUCUCUGCAUGAUUUGAUUUACUUCAACUUAAUGAAGCUGGUUGGAAAGAGCCUUGUAGAAAUUACAAAAUCUCCAGUAAAUCUCCUUCUUGUACAUACAAUGGAUGUCCACGGAACCCUUUUGUUAAACCAGUUUCUCAAUCUUCUCUGUAAACAAUGCCUCAUUGUCUCGCUUAAAACUAUCAUCUGGUUUAUCAUACUGUAAUCUUGUCAUUUUGUGAGGACCAAAGUCAGGCAUAUUUAAGCAGGCGUGUGGGAUCUGAUCAUUGAUUUGAAUGAAAACAUUCAACUGCAGGAAAAACUAUUUAUUUAUUCAGAAAUUCAGACUGAUACUUUAGCAGUUUGGGGGGUUUUUUUUCUGUAGAUUUUUCCACGUGGAACUGAUUUCUGUUCAGGAGACAGGGUGAUGUCUUUUUGUUCUUUUUUUUUUGGUGUAGAUAUGUUGGGUUUCAGAAUAAUUUGUAUUAAUUGUUAGGCUGGAGACAUACCAAAUGAAAGGGUUUGGGUGGUCCAGUACCUAUAUAUUGUUGUGGUGAGCUCUUUGUUUUGAUAAAUACUGUUUGAAAUGCAAUAAACAUUUGAGGUUAA